GUGCGUGUAUGGCAAGACCUUCUGAGUCAAACAACUUCAAACAAACACUCAAUGAAGAUUUCCAACCUUUUGCUUCGGCAUCUUCCAUUUGCUGAUUCUUCAAAAACUAACGCUUUAGCAGGUGGGCUUUGGACGGGCUUUCCAUCCUUCUGCUGCAUUCUUGAACAGAUAGCCUAUCGCCAGGUCGAACGCCGGUUCCCAAUUCUUACCUGAAUGACAGUUGUAUCGCCGCACACGGCUCCAACCUCUCAGUUACCACCAAUCGGCAAAAUUAAAACAUGUUCCAUCGAAGAACUUAUUAUAUCGAUUCGUUAUCUUCGACUUCUAUAUACCCCGGAAGUUCGUGGCACGCGGAGGAUAGGCCAAUACCCGGUUUUCCCAAGACCUACGGAAAUCGAAUCGACGACGAACAUUCUCAGUCAACAUCAGACGAAGUACAACUCGCAUGAUACCUUGACUUCUGCCGAACAGUCUUUACAUGCUAUCAACUUCGACGAGUUUGAGAGGUCGUACGCGAUUCGCUGGCUGACUGCACUUGUCUCUCAGGCGGACCAGCUUUUGUCCUGCACAGACUCUUCGCUGCAGGAUAAUCCAGUGCUAGAGUCCCAGGCCGUUGAAUGGGAGAACAUGAUCGAGAAUGCGGCCGCUCUAUUGGCCACCUGCGCUGGCACGGCUUCGGCUGGGACCGUUUCUCGAGUCUUCGUCUUCCCUUACGGCGCUAAUCCCCUUAUGAGAGUCCAAAUACGUGAUGCUCCUUUGGAGAAUCACGACUUCCACAGUGUGGGUGCCCAAACUUGGGGUAGCGCAUGUUUGCUCGCGGAGAUGAUGGUUGAUUCACCUGACUUGUUUGGUCUGAGCAACACACCCCACACGAGACCUCUGCGCGUCCUCGAGCUCGGAGCUGGCACUGGUCUCGUUACUUUGACUGCUUCCCUUUUGUUACAUGGCUUUGGGGCCGACCAGUUUACCGCUAAGGUCGAUGUCGUUGCGACCGAUUUCCACCCCUCGGUCCUCGAGAACCUUCGUUACAAUGUCGCAGAUAAUAUCUCGGCGACAAACGUCCAAGUCCACUUCUUGGACUGGUCGCAGUUCCCACUUUCACCAUCUUCAGCACCGUUCAACAACCCUUUCGACAUCAUCUUCGGCGCGGAUAUUAUCUACGAAGCAGAACACGCCAAAUGGAUACGGAACUGUCUUCGGCUGCUGCUGCGGAAGCCGGACGGCCGCCAGGCCGAAUCUCGCUUUCACCUAGUCAUUCCACUUCGUCCUACCCACCCAAUGGAAUCCCAGGCCAUUGACUUACUCUUCCCAACUGGCUCUCCAUUUCAACCUCCUCCCAACGGGAUAUCUGUGCAGACUAUUCCAAUACUAGGAAUCAUCAGGAAGGACGUUAUCGUGUGCGGGAGUGGUGCGAAUGUUUGUUCUCGUGCUUCUGACUCGGACUUGGUGGAAUAUGCUCAUUAUACCAUUGCAUGGAUUGAUCCUCCUAUUUCCGACACUAACAACGCAAUUACUCUUAGACACCACACAGUUUCAGACUAACUUAUGCCACCACGUAUAGAUAGACCCCUAGACUAGAUUCGUAGACAUAGAUAGACAAACUGUAUAGAUCGUAGACGACAUUCCUGGAUUUGUGAUGUAUAUCUUUUUGGGGCACACAGCAUCUUGCGGAUGUAUCUUCUUUGUGGCAAUAAAGGAAGUGGAGCUUUCCGUUUUGGAAAAUAUGUUCUUUCUUCCGUCUAUAGCCGACAUACGUCAUAGGGGUGCUCACUCCUCGAAAGUCAUAUAUAAAGCGGAUCUUUCAAC